CUCUGUUUCGUUUCAAUUUUAGGACAGGCUCAACAGCCAGGGCUCGUGGUUCCUGCCUUGCCGUGUCACAGGGCCAUGUGUUCAUCAUGCCAUGCCGAAAUAUAUUGCAACAUGUCAUGUUUACUCAUCAAAUCAUACUGUAUUUCGGUAGAUUUCACGUUAUAAGAUAUAGCAAAGCGCUCUACCUAGCGAUUUGAAUAAAAAGUGCAAGACAAGAUGGCGUCGUCUGCACACAAAUUUUGUGUCGAGCGAAUUCUUUUGAGUUGUCGUCGAUCUUUACGUACGUGUAGCAGGUCAUAUGCUAAAGCAAAGACGAAAAAAGAUCACACAAGCCCCCUCCCCGGUGGCUGGCAGGGCAGGGUGGGGUUAGAGAUCCACGCACAGAUCUCCUCCAACUCCAAACUCUUCUCAGGCUCACAGGUCCAGUUCUCAGCACCACCAAACACACUUGUCUCACCGCUGGACGCAUCCUUGCCAGGCACUUUACCAGUGUUGAACAGACGGUGUGUUGAGGCAGGUGUGCUGACGGCUCUAGCGCUCAACUGUCACAUCAACAGACGAUCUCUCUUCGACAGAAAACACUACUUCUAUGCUGAUCUUCCAGCAGGCUAUCAGAUUACCCAGCAGAGACUGCCAUUGGCCGUGAAUGGUCACAUGACCUUUGACGUGUAUGAUGAGAGCCGGAGUCAGCGGCAGGUGCUGAAGUCCUGCCAGGUGCGCAUCAAACAGCUGCAGCUGGAGCAGGACAGCGGGAAGAGUCUACAUGACCAGGAGAAUGGGGAGGUCCUGGUGGACCUGAACAGGGCUGGUGUGGCCCUGAUGGAGAUAGUGACAGAACCAGACAUGGUGGAUGGUGCAGAGGCUGCCGCCAUGGUGAAAGAACUGCAGCUCAUCCUGCAGGCCCUCGGGACCUGCGACGGCAACAUGUCAGAGGGUUCCAUGAGAGUAGAUGCCAACAUCUCAGUCAGUAGGAGUAAUGAGGAACUAGGGACCAGGGCAGAGGUCAAAAACAUCAACAGUGCUAAGUUUGUACAGAAGGCUAUAGAGUAUGAGAUGCAGAGACAGAUCAGAGUGCUAGAGGGCGCCGGUGAGGUGGAGGAGGAGACCAGGUACUUUGACUGGAAGGCAGGGAAGACAAUAUCUCUGAGGGACAAAGAACAGAGGCACGACUACAGAUACAUGCCUGAGCCCAACCUGCCUCCCCUGAUCGUGUACACAGACGCCACGUCCCCCCGUGGCAUGCAGGACAGUGUUGUUAACAUCGACAGGAUACGUGAACAGAUGCCAGAACUUCCUGAUACCACCAGACGCAGACUUGUAGAGAAAUACGGCAUCCAGUUUCAGCAUAGUGUGGCUCUGGUGGGCGAGGGUCUUGUUGAAUACUUUGAGACGUUGAUAGAUGUCAAGGGCAAAGGUCGUGACCCCAGGUCAGCGGCAUCCUGGGUAUUGACCGACCUUCUGGAACAGCUGCACAAGAGGAGCCUGACCUUCCAGGAGUGUUCUGUCACAGCGAGUAAGUUGGGAGAGAUUGUGGAUCUAGUGGGCAUGGGAACAAUUUCCAAAUCAACUGGGAAGAAGUCUGUUGUGUUAUACAAAGCACAUAUGUUACAACUUACAUGUCCAACGAAAUAUAUUUUCUGUUGGAUCUUUUCACAGAUCCUUGGUCUGCUGUUUGAUGGAGACAACAGAAGUCUGUCACAGAUUAUAGAGGAGAAUGAAUGGGCUCAGAUCAGGGAUGAGGAGACACUAGGCAGAAUAUGUGAUGACAUCUUGGAGAAACACACUGAACUGGUGGAAGCAUACAGAAAAGGCAACGUAAAGGUUGUGAACAGGCUGAUGGGCGAAGUGCAGAAAGCGACCAACAGAUGUGCAGAACCCACUGUUACAAGUAGAGUUCUGAAACUAAAGCUAGAAGAACAUUGAAAAAACAUCUUGGUCAAUUUUUUUUUACCCUCCAGUGGCUUUGUAUUCAUAAAACAUAAUCACUCCUACUAGACUAUUCUAUUUGUCUGGCUGGUUGUACAUUGUACUACACUAGGUAUUGUAUAAACUGGUUUCACUAGCUAAUAAAAUAAAAUUGAAUACAUGUUGGUACGUAGUUCACUAUUUGUUUUGGCUCAGAUUUAUUUUAGCAUUUAUUCUAGAAAAUUCAAAUCAUACACUAUAAUAUUUGUAUCAUUUUCCACCCCAAAUCAUGAAUUGAAAAACUGAGUUGAAACAAGCUACUAGUAGUAUUAGUAUUGUGUAUAUGUAUGUGAAUAGCACAAUGAUAACAAGUAUUAUCAAAACUAUUGUCUUGAUGUAAGGUUAAUU